AUGGGUCUAAGUAUGGAAGGAUGAUGUAUAUGUAUGAACAAUCCACACACUGUUGUAAGCAUACACGUACAGGUCGCAAUUAGCCCACGAGUGGUGUGACAGGUGUAUCACACACGCUGCAAAUAGACUAAUCGACUGUUGAUCGAUAUAUUUGUCUACCGACUGUAAUUAGUACAUACUAUCCAGAAUGGGGAAGACAGCGAAGAAAGCUGCCAAGCGUCGUCAGCAAAUGGCUGAAAUGGAGAGAACUGCCAACAAACGUGCGAAAACAAAUCAUGCCUCAGAGAUAGAAACCAAGGCAGCCGCCUCUCAUACUGUGCCUAUGGCGCAGGAGGACGACUACGAUGGAUUCCCCAUCAGUCGAGAAGACCUCCAGAGCACCUUACGUACCUUGGAACUGCUCGUAACGGACAGAGCCCUAUUCGGUUCCGAACGUUUGCGUCCGCUGCGCAAACUGCUCCAUCCGCUGACUGAGUACUACCAGUCUAAGGCUGGUGCCUCUAACAGUGCGUUUAAACGUAUAUCCGAUGCUCUUAAGGAGGAGAAGUGGACCGAUGCUCUGCUUCUGCUGGAGGGUUUGCGAGGUAGCGGCCACGCCGUUAAACUUGGGACAGUGCAGAGGUGGGUGCGUGACGCACUGAUUGUGUGUCCAAAGCUCACAGAUGCAACCACAGUGAAGGUUCUGGAUGCCAUUCUCCGAGUAGCGAACGCUGAAUGGGAUAAGGUUCGACCCGAUGAUAAAGAAGUGGCAGUAGGGACUGUCAUCCGACACCCAUCCUGGGUUCCCACAGACAAGCCUGCGCAGAAACCCACCGUCACACCGGCCGAGUAUUUGGCUACCCCUACACACACCCGAAGCCCUUCCCCCACCGUUACCGAGCCAAUCACGGCCGCAAAUGAACACUCGGCUGAAUCCACUGCUGAGACCACAUCACCAUCAAACGCCAAGAAGUGGCAACCCUCUGUGGUUGCGUUUGAGAAGGCGGCUGAGCGUCGACCCCCUAAUCGGUACGAUCUCAGGAUAUGGCAGGAUGCGGCUAAGCUACACUGGGAUGCCACACCACCGUGCACCACGAGACACAACGUGGAGUUUGUGGACAAAGCCUUCUUAUUGGACAGCGUGCUGUCGCCCAAUGAGUGUGCGCAGAUACUCAGCCUGACUCACAACAUGGGAUACGAUCCCGACGAGCCGAUUGGUGGGAGUCAGAGUUUAGAAGACGGUGUAGCACGUGAAGGGAGGGCGCAGGCGUGUGUGUGGCUGGCGGGACGGGAUGUGGUGGAGACCAUAUUCGAUCGAGUGAAGGGUCUGGUGGAUGAGUCUAUUGGCGAGUGCAAAGUGUCGGGCAUCAACGCGAGAUUCAGAUGCUACAGAUACGUCCCGGGGAAUCUGUACGGACCACAUGUCGACGGUGCCUGGCCGGGUAGUGGGAUUGUGGAUGGCGAGUACCAGUACGACGCAUUCGGCAACCAAUGGUCGAAGAUGACGUUUCUGAUAUAUUUGAACGACGACUUUGAAGGAGGAGAUACAACCUUCUACCUACCUGGUCCGGUACUGGGCAGUUUAGACGCACGCGGAGUGGCCCCGCGCACGGGCAGUGUGUUAGUGUUCCCCCACGGUGAUACAUCCGACAGUCUGGUACACGAGGGUAGCUCUGUGUUCACAGGUAACAAGUUUGUCAUCCGCACGGAUCUGCUGUAUACUAUGGCCGCCAAGAAUACUAGUAUGCACAACAAGCACAUGAAACAUAACGAUGAAGAGCUCAAGCGGAUGCGGAGGUAGAUAUGGGAGGGGUCUGUUGGUGACCUGGAAUUUUGGGGAGGGGUCUGUUGGUGACCUGGAAUU